UAUCCUGCUGGCACAGUGAGGUCUUUUCUCGUGAUAGUUAUUAUCCAGUCUUCUGUAGACUGAUGGAGGUAUAACAUAACCGAUUAUCGCACACUCGGAAAUUGUCAGAAAUCAAUCGUGAAGGGAAAUAAUGUCGCUCGGUAGUUUUCUGGAUAGACCCGCUAUAAGGCGGGCGAUGAUGGUAAAUUACUUUUGGAAUCGGGAUUAGUGGCCUAAUAAUAGAUUGGAUUGGUGGGUUUGGCUGAUGUAGUUUUUGGGAUGUAGCUGCAAAACUUUUGGAAUAUUAUGAGUGAGCUGCAGUCAACCAUAGAGUUUUCUGUCGAGCUGUAUAAAUUCUACAAUGUCGACCUAUUUCAAAGGGGGGUUUACCAAAUUCGAUGUUCCUUACGAGUAUCGGCUAAAUUGGGCGCCGAAGUUGAAGUAGCAACUCCAGAAGUUACUACCGGUCUAGGAUCAGCUAUAGUUCUCGGAAAUUAUGGCGCAUGUAGACCUUUCAAAAUACUUUACAGAAACGAGGAAAUAUCGUUGAAAGAUGUGGUUCUAUUUAGAUGUCACAUGCUGGUGGAUGCCCAUAAUCUUCGCGAAUCACUAGAUAGAGCUGACUUUUCUUUGUUGCUCGACUUAUGGUUUAGCGAUACGUCACUGAGUAAUAUGCAAUUAGUGUCGUCUAGAACUUUGCAACUCAACUUUUCGCCAGUCGAAGGCCUUCACUAUCACUUGCCAGUGGUUUUCGAUUAUUUCCAUCUAUCGGCCGUUUCGAUUAGUAUUCAUGCUUCACUUACUGCCUUGGUUCAACCAUCUCUGAAAAGAGGAUUACUCCGUUAUGUGCAAAGUUGUGCUCCAAAAACUUCGAAAUCCUGGAGUAAAAUACGCACAACCAACUGUUCUACGUUAACCGAUCCCGUCCCGCAAGUGAGCAGUCAAAAAUUUUAUAAUAGAAUUAACGAAUCUACCCAAGUACAUUUAGAGGCCUACAACGUUCUUCUAGAUUCAAGCAAUAAUCUGAAAACUACUAUAAAAGAAUAUAAAUUGUUGUUGAUGCAACGAGAAGAAAUCGUUUCUGAUAAUUAUGAUACGUUGAUUGUAAAGUAUAAUGAUUAUGACAGCACAAUGCUUUUGAAAAAGCACCCCUACAAGCCAACGUCAAACUUAGAAGAACUAUGCGCAGGAAAUAUCAAAUUAUGGAACUAUUUUUUGCUUACAUUCAGCUGCAAAAUAGCUAUUCAGCAAUUUUUAAGUAAAAAACAUCAUUAUUUAAGAGUGGGCAGAUUUGCUGAACUAUUUUUUUUGGUCCACAAUCCUAGAAAAUCCGCUUUGGGUUGUUACGAGAGCAAAUAUCAAAAAUAUUUGGUUGUUUCAGAGUUAACUAAGAGGUCAAAAUAUAUGCAGCUUUUACCACCAUUGCCCGUGCAUUGUAGCUUUCUAGAUGGAGACAGUACCACGAUGCCCAUUAUUUUUGAGGACCAAUACCAAGAUCCUUUUGGUUACGAUAAAAGGAAUUGUGAGGGUUUUGAUGCUACGAAAUUGAAAGAACAAUCAACAUUCAAAAGAUCAAAAACCACAGAUCAGUGUUCGUGUGGUUUUGAUGUUUGGGAACCACAAAAAGCAUUCCAAAGAACCGCCGAUCUCUACAAAUGGGAAGACUGUUUUAGUAAUACGAUUCCAGCGAGACAUAGUAAAUCUUUAGACCAUUUGCAAGCGCCAGCGUCGAAUAGUUUUCAUAUAUCGAUGACGAAUAUGACUUAUUCUGUGCCGAAAAAAGACGUGGCGAGACAUCAGACGAGAUUUUAUAAAAUCGAAACGAUGAAAAAUGUGGCUAGUGAAUAUAAUUUAAAAUAUUUUUUGCCUGAAAAUAAAAAUAAUUGUUGCGAGUGUCCGUCAACGAAUGAAAAAGUGAGAACUAGUAAAAAAUUGAAUAAAAAAUUACCUAAAUCAAAUAGUCAUACGUUACAUAAUGAAAUUACGAGUUUACCACGUUCGACGUCGAUGCAAACAUUGUCCCCAUCAAAAAACAAAUCAAAUAAUGACAAAAGAUUUAAUUCGUUAAAUCAAAAAUCGCGAAGAACUGAGAAUUUGAACGUCACCAAUGGUAAUGGUUCGAAUAAUCAAAAAUCAAAAACGCAUAAUCAAAAGUCGAAAAUUUUCGAUUUAGGCUCCACGAGUAGCUCGACAGAGGAUAGCCUACCUCAAAACUAUUCAGAUAAAACAGGGUCAAAUGAUAUUGAUACUAAUAAUUUGAACGAUAGUUUAAGAAAAGUUCGUAGCACCUCAUGUAUAUCUGAAGACAUGCUGCCGUUACUGCUGUCUUCUGGCACGGAAUCAUUGCCGAAUUUGAGUCCCAAGUCGAAGGAAAAGUUUCGACAUUUUCAUAAACCGAGGACGCAUUAUGACAGCAGCAAUAGUAGUUCUUCUCCUACGACUAGUGAGCAAAGCGGCUGGAUAUCUUCCAGGAGCAGUUCCAUUGAUUCCAGUACUGAUGUAACAAAUCCUGCCACAAGUGCUAUAGAUCUGAAACUAGAUAAGAUUCAGAGAGAAUUAUUGCGCCUAUCGGAAGAAAGCAAAAAACUGGGUGAUAUUAGUAAGGAUUCUAAAAAGCGGAAAGAUAUAUUUAAGACUAAAAAUAGCAAAGUUUAUUUAGAUAGUAAUCAUUUGAAACGUAAAAGUAAGAAAGACAAGGAAAACGAUAUUAUGCCUCUAUAUAACGGCUGUGACCAAAAAAAUCCAAUAUCUAUUGAUGAUAUUGCAUUACCUCCACCACGGCAAUUUAGGGAUUUGGUAUCACCAUCAAGCUCCAAUAAUAGUACAAAUAACGACAACGAUGAGGUGGAUGAAGAAGUAGAAGAAGAAAUCAAUGCCGUAGAUAAUUUGCUCUAUCACGUCAUUGAUUUUGAAACAAAUAUUGAAACGCAACCGAGUCAAUUUACUUUAAAGAAUGAUUGUGAAAAUGAAGAGUCUGAAGAAUUCAGCUUCAAUAAAGGCAAUUCGGAAUCGUUGAAAGCAUUUCUUAAAGCUAAAAGGGAAUUCAAGAGUCAAUUAAAUUUUCAAGGGAUUUUUUAUUCGGAUUUAAAUUCUUACGCUUCGCACGUGCCGUAUUUUCAUAUUGCAGACGAAUUUCGAAUAUUUUCCCCAGAGGGUAUGCAUUUAGUAAUUUGUGUUCACGGCCUAGAUGGCAACGCAGCAGACCUAAGACUAGUAAAAACCUAUCUGGAAAUGGGUCUUCCUGGAGCCUAUCUAGAUUUUUUAAUGUCUGAAAGAAAUCAGGGCGAUACUUUUAGUGAUUUUGAUACAAUGACUGAUCGAUUAGUUAGUGAAAUUCUUCAAUAUUUAGACGCAAGCAGUAUCAGACCGACGCGAGUAAGUUUCGUCGGUCAUUCGUUAGGAAAUAUAAUAAUUCGUUCGGCGUUGACGAGGCCUCAAUUAAAAUUUUUACUUCCAAGACUGCAUACUUUUCUAUCACUCUCUGGACCACACUUAGGCACUUUAUAUAAUAGUAGCGGUUUAGUUAAUAUGGGCAUGUGGUUUAUGCAGAAAUGGAAAAAGUCCGGCUCGCUUUUGCAGCUUUGUUUGAAAGAUUCUUCCGAUCCAAAGCAGUCGUUUCUGUAUAAUUUGAGCCAAAGAAGUACUUUGCAUAAUUUCAAGAAUAUUUUAUUAUGUGGUUCCGGACAAGAUAGAUACGUUCCACUGCAUUCAGCAAGAAUAGAACUAUGCAAAGAAUCAAUAAAAGACUCCUCCGAACAGGGUACAAUUUACAGGAAAAUGGUCCACAAUAUAAUGCAACCGAUUAUGGCCCAAAAAGACUUGAAAUUAUUAAGGUACGACAUUCACCAUGCCUUGCCCAACACGGCCAACGCUCUUAUAGGCCGAGCGGCCCAUAUCGCGGUGCUAGAUUCCGAAAUUUUCAUCGAAAAAUUCAUGGUCGUAGUCGGUAUCAAAUACUUCCGUUAAUUUUCUUUUGUAUUUUCUUUUUUCUAUAUUUUAAAUAAAAUAAUUUGUGGAAUAA